AGCAGGGGAGACACCAAGGAUGGAGAUGCUCCAGGUAAGACCGCAGGGCCCCUGGGCCCCAUGCGACUCCAUCCAGGCCACGGCUGGAAGGAAGAGGGAGAGUCCUGUGACCUGGCAAAGGAGGCCUCUUUCUAGAAGGGUGUGGAGAGCCAGCAAGCUUCCUGGCAGGAGGAGGGAAGCAGCUGGUGCAGGGCCUGAGGGUGGGUAUCUGAAGUGCUGGGGUAUCUGGGGUCCCUGGGUAUGGGGAUGGGAGAUUCUUGAAUGGAAGACGUCAGGGUCCCCGAACGUGUGUAUGCAGGGCUGGGGGGUGGGUGCUAAGGACUCGUGGCAGAGGGCUCAGGCUGGCCCUGAGGCACUGGCCUUGUCCCAGGGGCUGCUGCUGUUGCUGCUGCUGAGCGUGGCCGGGGUGUGGGCACCCAGGGGGCCACUGCGGCCGCUGUGCCGGCCCAUCAACGCCACCCUGGCCGCUGAGAACGAGGCCUGCCCUGUCUGCAUCACCUUCACCACCAGUAUCUGUGCCGGCUACUGCCCCAGCAUGGUUCGGGUGCUGCCGGCUGCCCUGCCGCCUGUGCCCCAGCCAGUGUGCACCUACCGCGAGCUGCGCUUUGCCUCCAUCCGGCUCCCCGGCUGCCCACCUGGUGUGGACCCAAUGGUCUCCUUUCCCGUGGCCCUCAGCUGUCACUGCGGGCCCUGCCGCCUCAGCAGCUCUGACUGUGGGGGUCCCAGAGCCCAGCCCUUGGCCUGUGACCGCUCCCCUCGCCCAGGCCUCCUCUUCCUCUAAGGAUCCCCACCUCAACCUCUCAUGCCCACCUCAACCUCCCAUGCCCACCCCAACUCCUGGAGCCAGCAGACGCUCCUCCCUAUCCCUCCUAAUAAAGACUUCUCAAACUGCA